AUGUUGGCUUUAAAGGACAAGUGUAUAAUAGAUGAGUGGGAGAUGGUUCUGCGCAAUCUCAAUGUUGUACACAAAGAAAGGAAAAGACUAACUUUGGAAGAAGUUGCCAGAGGUUAUUUCAAUGAACUUCUCAAUAGAAGCUUAAUCCCAGUGGUGCAGACUACAAUAGAGGGAAGACCUAAAGCAUGCCGAAUCCAUGAUCUUCUACGUGAAAUUAUUCUUUCCAAGUCGAGAGAGCAAAACAUUAUUACUUUGGCCAGCGAACUAGAUGCAAUAUGCCCAGAAAAAGUCCGACGCUUAGUAAUACAUGAUCCCUUACAAGAUGGACAAGAAAGCAAGUGUUUUCAUAGACUUCGGACUAGCAAGUGUUUUCAUAGACGUGGUCCUAAGUUGCUUAAGGUGUUAGAUUUAACAAAUGUUGUUGUGUUGGAAACAUUCCCAGAUGAAGUUUGUGAACUACUACAUCUUAGGUUUCUAAGCAUGAGGAAUACAUGGGUGCGUGUUAUUCCCAAAUCCAUUGGAAAGCUUCGGAACCUAGAGACUUUGGAUUUGAUAGGCACUAAAGUGGUUAAGUUGCCUGUCGAAAUAGGAAAGCUUCAAAAACUUUGA